GCCAGCGCCGCCAGCCGAACACCGUCGCAAUGCUGUCCUGGCUCGCUCGAUGGGCGCUCCUUGCGGCCCUACUGCUCGCGUUGGCGCGGAGCGUGUUGGCAUGGGACGCAGAGGACUUCGAGAUCUUUGACCUCGUAUCGGCGCUCGAGCUCGCAGAAGGCAAAGGCACUUCCUUUUAUUCUUUCCUCAAUGUCACCCCGACAGCCACUUCGGCCGACAUUGGCAGGAUGUACCGCAAGCGUUCACUGGAGCUACACCCGGACAAGAACCCGCACAUGAAGGGUGCACCCGAACGAUUCGCUCGCUUGGGCGUCAUCGCCAACAUCCUCAGGAGCGAAGAGAAACGCAAAAGAUAUCACUACUUCUACGAGAACGGAGUGCCAAAGUGGAAAGGAACUGGCUACUUCUACUCACGCUAUCGUCCUGGUCUAGGCGCAGCGCUCACUUUUCUUGCUCUGGUCACUUGCAUGGUGCAGAAUCUCGUGCACCGUCUAAACUACAAAUCCGAACUCAAACGCAUCAGACGGUUUCAGAGCGUGGCCAAAGCGACAGCGUAUGGCAAAGGCAAGCCAGUACAGCAGACACGCAAGAAAGUCAAAGUGCCCAUCCGCGAUGUUGGCCUGGCGGAAGCAGAAGGCGAUGAACCCGCACCUGCUCGUGGCGGCUCGCGCGAUAUGCUAAGCCUGAUCGUACAAGGCGAUCAGGUCUUCAUCGCAACAGAAGAUGGCGAUGAGAUUCCAUUAGACGAAUCUGCUGCUGUUGCGCCUUCUUGGCAGCGGACAUGGGUGCCCAGUCUGAUUGCUAGUGGUAUCAACCGUGCUAGAGGGCCAUCAAAAGCGAUCUACAUGGCGCCGGACGAGAGCGAAGAGCCGGAGGGCAGCGCGACAUCGUCAGCUCGCAAGAUUGCGCCCAGCAAAGCAAACAAGCAGGGCGGACGUCGCCGGAAAUGA